AUGGAUAUUUUAUGGAAUCAACUGGAAUUACAACGCCCGCCAACGAGUUCUUGGAAAACAACAGAAGAUGAAUUCGAUACAAAAAAAUUUUUAAACACAUUAAAUAAAAUAUACAAUGAUAUUAAGUCACAGAACUUUUUACGUAAUGAGGCAACAAUUUUAAGUCGAUUGAUAUACAGAAUGAAAACAAAAUUUAGAAAUGACAAAGGUUUAAAAAAUAUGGAAAAAGUUAAUCGUGCAUUGCUUAAUUAUUUAAAAUUGACACUUGAAAAUGAAUACCAGUAUUUAAUCGACAAUACCGUAAUAAGUAGCACUGUUAGUUUACCUACAAAACAAAUGCUUCAGUAUGUUUUAAUAAGAACUCAAGGAUUCGCUAAAUUGAUGUGCAGGAUAGAAAAUGUUUCAAAAUGUGCAGCUACUUUUUUUCGAGGAAGAAUUCAAAUAGGACAUGCAUGGACCCCAUCAACUAUAGCUUAUGCAAUUCUUUCCAGAAUAUGGAUACUGUCUAGACAUCUUGUGAAAAAAUGUUGUUUUUGGUAUAAUAAAAUAUAUUCAUACAAUGAAAAAUUAAAAUUAGUUGGGAUUCAAUGGAUGCCUCCUAAUUAUUUCUUACCAGAAGAUUUAAAGACGUGGCUUUCAGUAUCAUGGAUUGAUGAACCAAUUCAAAGUUUACCAGUUGAUGAAAAUUCAUCUGAUUCUAUAUUCAGCCUGAUAAAGCCUCAAGAUGAAUCAACUGAUGAAAAAAAUGAUUUAUCAAUCACUGAGAGUCAUGAAUUUCAAGAAGAACCGAUGAAAGAGAUUAAACAAGAAGAAAUUGGUGUGCCUAUAUCGCGUGAAUCUUUUUCAUCAGCUCCAGAAAUAAAAAAAUCGCCGAAGAUUACUAAGAAAAUGAGUGUUAAGAAAAUUGAAACAGAAAAAGAUUUAAAUUUAUUAUUAACUCUUGAUUCUUAUCUCGGAAUGGACAAAUUACAAUGGAAUAUAAUGAAAAACACAAUUAAAAAAAAGUUAAUUAAACUGAGUAAAUGUAAAAAAGAAGAAAAAAAGAAAUUUUUACUUGAAAAGACAAUUCAAUUGAUCCACGACAGCGUAAUGUGA